AUGUCCGACCGAAAAGGGGUGUUUGCGCAUCACUUUUCGUGGUCGCAUCAAGAGGAGCGCCUGAACCUGGAUGACGCCACGCUGAACAGCUUCGCUGAGGCUUGGUGCUUCUUCGAUGACCUUUUUGCCCUGUGCGAGGGUGAAGAGGACCUUUCAGACAGGUUUUCCGGGCGGCCAGCUCGUCAAGUCGUCGUCCAGGAUUCGGUUCGCGUAAAGGCUGAGAAUGCUGAUGCACAGUCUGUCGCCCGCAGCGGAGCUUGUGGGAAUGCGGGUGGACCUGCCUUCGAGCGCGCUGGAACUGCCUGGCUGGAGGACAAUGUGGAGCUAGUACGCUCGGCGCUGGCACCGUUCGAAGAUCAGCUCCACCACUUGCUGGAGGUGGUGUGUGAGGGCAUCGAGGGAGGAGGCCAGACCCUGGGUGAGGUGCUCGAAACCCGAGGCAACCUUUGCCAUGCACUUCGAUGCCUGCUGGCCAACAUGCAGGUGUGGGGUGCAACGGGGAAUCCGCGAGCAGAGGGAUGUGACUUUGCCUUCUUGUCACUGGGCCAGGAGAUCCCUUCCGGCCUGAUUGAAAUUGAUAGCUUCCUGUCGAAGGAUGAGGUGAGUGCUCGACAGCUAGGUCAGAGCCGUCUGGCUGAGAUGAUGAGCACCCUCCACCCGGAGAACCUCGCCCAAUUCCACAGACAUCUUGCACGCGCAAGAGUGACCGUGGUUUGGCGUGAAUUCCGGCGGCGACAAAGUGUUUUGCAAGGGGCACUUGGCAACCUGUGCAUCCAGGGUAACGAUGGGCAGCAGGAACACUUGGAUCGACUGGUGCGCACAAUCAUUCUGAACCUGGAUGAAAUCGGCAGCUUUGUGUCCACCCUCGCGGCAUUCUUCAAGAGUGUUGACUUGGCGGAGAUCAGCGAGAACCCUGUGCAAGGCGAACCACGCCCUGUCAUCGACAGGUCUGUCGCAGGGUACGUCAUGCACGUCGACUGUGGUCACAAUGGGCCGCUGGACGAGGUUGACCUGCGUCAGCUCUCGCUGCAUUUGCGGGUGUCCAAAUUUGGCAGAGAAGAAGUUUGA